CUCCCUCCCUCCCUCCAUCCCCAGGCCGAGCCGAGCCGAGUUGCAGGGCGAUGGGGCCGCGGCCGGGCUUGACGGUUCUUUGACAGCUGCUGGAAAGAGCGCGGAGCCGAGCCGAGCCAGUGCCUGGGGAGGAGGGAGCGCGGCCGGGGAGCGAUCGGGGAGCGAUCGGGGAGCGGGCAGCCCGGGAGGGGGCCGGGAGCGAGCGGCACAGGCAGCCCGGGAGCAGCGGCAGCGGCGGCGGCGGCGACGAGGCUCGGCGCCCUCCGCUUCCCUCCCUGCGCACCAUGUUCGCCAAAGGCAAAGGCUCGGCGGUGCCCUCGGACGGGCAGGCUCGGGAAAAGUUAGCCUUAUACGUCUACGAAUACUUGCUGCACGUAGGAGCACAGAAAUCUGCACAGACCUUCUUAUCGGAGAUUCGAUGGGAAAAGAACAUCACGUUGGGUGAACCGCCAGGGUUUUUGCAUUCGUGGUGGUGCGUAUUUUGGGACCUUUACUGUGCAGCUCCUGAAAGGCGAGACACUUGUGAACAUUCGAGUGAAGCGAAGGCCUUUCAUGAUUACAGUGCAGCCGCUGCCCCGAGCCCUGUGCUUGGCAACAUUCCUCCCAAUGAUGGGAUGCCAGGAGGCCCCAUCCCACCCGGUUUCUUUCAGGGUCCUCCGGGGUCACAGCCCUCGCCGCACGCACAGCCACCUCCUCACAAUCCCAGCAGCAUGAUGGGACCCCACAGUCAGCCUUUCAUGUCACCACGCUACGCAGGCGGCCCCAGGCCCCCGAUCAGAAUGGGAAACCAGCCUCCGGGUGGUGUUCCUGGGACACAGCCGCUGCUGCCUAACUCCAUGGAUCCCACACGACAGCAAGGGCACCCCAACAUGGGAGGAUCGAUGCAGAGGAUGAACCCUCCCCGAGGCAUGGGGCCCAUGGGCCCUGGCCCACAGACUGACCCUUGGUUAUCAUUGCAGAAUUACGGCAGCGGCAUGAGACCACCACCCAACUCCCUCGGCCCCGCCAUGCCCGGGAUUAACAUGGGCCCGGGAGCUGGCCGACCCUGGCCCAACCCCAACAGUGCUAACUCAAUCCCAUACUCCUCCUCGUCUCCCGGUACCUAUGUGGGUCCUCCUGGUGGAGGUGGCCCUCCAGGAACACCCAUCAUGCCCAGUCCUGCAGAUUCAACAAAUUCCAGUGACAACAUCUACACAAUGAUUAAUCCGGUGCCGCCCGGAGGCAGCCGGCCCAACUUCCCGAUGGGUCCCGGCUCGGAUGGCCCGAUGGGAGGCAUGGGUGGUAUGGAGCCUCACCACAUGAACGGAUCGCUAGGGUCAGGUGACAUAGAUGGACUCCCCAAAAAUUCUCCUAACAACAUAAGUGGCAUUAGCAAUCCUCCGGGCACCCCUCGAGACGAUGGCGAGCUAGGAGGAAACUUUCUCCACUCCUUCCAGAAUGACAAUUACUCCCCAAGCAUGACGAUGAGUGUGUGACCCCCCCCUUUCUCUGAGACGCUCAGACAUGUGGCAUCGCAGGCAGGAAGAUGCCAGAAAUUAUGCAAGAAGACAAGAAGACGUGAGGCAUCGUUAUCCAGGAGCUGGGGGGCAUCCCUCUGAGCCCCCCCAACCCUUGCCACUCCCCCACCUCCCCAACUUUAGUUUCAUGCAAUAAAAAGGCCGAACUUCUUAUUCCAUAAAACAUGAAGGACAAGACGUAAAAUAAAAUCUGUUUCAAGUCCAUGCCCAGAAGCCCCGUCAUCCCCGCCGUUCCUGGAAGGACCUUUUAUGUACAUGACACUUUUUGUUGGUUUCUUUAUUUCAGUUUUUUUGUUGUUGUUGUUGUUCGUUUGGGGUUUUACUAUUGUUGGAAAUUUAUUUUCAAUGUUUUCAGGGUUUUGUUUUUGUUUCUUUUUCCCAGGGUGGGGGGUGAUUUUCAAAAUGGAAGCUUCUAGCAAGUCCCCACCCACCCCCACAAACUCUUUGCUUUUUUCUUUAAAAAAAAAAAAAGGAAAACGAAAAAGGACAAAAAAAAAAAAAUAAUAACCCAGCACGCUGGGCUGCAGCUGCCCCAUUGUCACACGCCGAGAGGGGGCCAGGCCGGGACACCAGACUGAGAUGGACAAGCAGGUCCCCGAGGCCUCUGAGAAGGAAGAGAGGUUGCUGCUGCCACUUGGGCCUCUUGGUGGGUGCAGAGGAUGAGGGAGGGGCCGAGCCCACUCUGGGUUUGCCCGUUCCUCCUGCCACAGGGGUGCUUGCAGCUGUAGACCCUAUGAACUGAAAAACUUCACCCCCACUUUGGACCACCGAGCGCUUCCCGGAUCCCUAUAGGUGAAGACUGCCUGUGGCCCCCAGCACCGCCUCUCCAGCCCCUCUUCUGCCCCCCCCCCCAGCCCGUGUUUCCAGAGAAUCCUGCCGGCUGUGGGGGUAGCCCAGACACAAGAGGGGAGCCAUGUCUCCCCUGGAAGGCUGUGAUCUGGGCCCUAGAUUUGUUUUUUCUUUCUCCUUCCUUUCUCUCAAGAAUGGGAUAUGGACCAGGAUUGCUCUGUAUAUGCCCAGAACUGGCGGGAAGAGAAGAGCGGGGCUCGCCGUGGAGGACGGGGGACAGGCCCACCAACAACCAAACCGACGUGCUGUUUUGCUCCUGUUUUUAUUUUCAAAAACCGACUGGCCACAGCGAAGCCUGGCCCGCCCAGCAGGGGUGCCUCGUGGCCCACCUCACCUCACCACCUCCACGGGAAACUGGGCCUAAGACACCCCAAUUCUUUGUACAUUGACUCCCCCGCCCCUCCUCUCCUGUAGCUGGUCUUUGUUUUCUCCCCGCCCCCUUUCUGAUCCAUGUAUAUCAUAUUAUGUGACAUAUCAUCUGCCUGAAAAAAAGACCUCGUGCGGAUUAAUGGGAA